GUCUUCGGCAGUGGGCUUGACGGCAAACUCCUCGACGCCGCGCAAGCCGUGAGCUGGAGAAGCGGGGGGUGGAAGGGUGGGCGCGGGCGGCAUGGUGGGGUUUGCGUCCUCAGAACAGACGCCGAGUCUGAGGCGCAGGGCGCGGGCUGUUGACACACGUGCGAGAACGUGGCGGAGAGGAGUAGCUGAGGAAUCGAAUGGCAGACGCAGAGGACGCAACGUGCUUGCGUUGUCUACAUCUGCUAUUCGCUGCUCUCAGUAUUCUCCUUUCCGUCUCAUGUCUCGCUCUUCGCGCUCGCUGUUUCGACUGGAGAGGCGAGGCGGCUCUGUGUCGCUUCGCUCUUCCGAGCUGGGCCCUUCUUCCUCGGCCUGACUCUCUUCGAUGCACCUUGGUGCGCCCACUCUUUCGCACUGAUGCGCCUUCCGCCAUCCGCCAACUUCGCCAUCCGCCAUCCGCCAUCCGCCAUCCUCCAGCCGCAGCCCUUCAUUCCCUCUGCCCCGCGCCCAACGCUUCUGCUUCUCUUCGCCGUCCACAUUUCCGUCCCGCGCUCGCUUCAAGCCGUGUGUCCUCUCGUCUUGCGUCUCAUCACGUCUCUUCCCUUCUCGCUCGCUCGCUUCGCCUCAUUGGGUCAACCGUGUCAAUCAGAAACGCCUCACCGUCUUCCUUUCUACUCUCUGUCUGUUCUAAGCGCCCGCUUGCGUCUCUUCGCGUGAGGAGAGGCCGCGAGGAACGCCGCGCGGCAAUGAGAAAGCUCGAUGGAGAAGCACAGAGAGCGAGAAAGGCAGAAGUGCAUUACCGGGAGAGCAGACAGGAGCCGGUGAGGCGUCUAUAGAGCAGAGUCGAGUCUAAUGGCCAGAGCGUGUGUACGCGACGAGUCAGUAAGUAGAGAGGGGGGGGCCGGUGACGAGUGUGGAGUGCAGA